AUGGAGACCGAGGACCAAUCAGAGCUCUGCUUUCCCCAACUAGGCAACAUCUCCUGCAAGAAGCCCAGGUCUCAUUGGUCUGGUGAUAUUCUUCUGACGGUUCUGCUGUCCGUUAUCUGUGUCUUCACUGUCUUUCUCAACCUGCUGGUUAUCAUCUCAAUCUCCCACUUUAGGCAGCUCCACACUCCCACCCAACUCCUCCUCCUCUCUCUCGCUGUCUCUGACUUUCUGGUGGGCCUCCUGGUGAUGCCGGGUGAGAUAUACCUGAGAACGUCCUGCUGGGCUCUGGGGGAUGUUCUCUGUUCUCUGUGGAACUACGUGAUCUUCAUGGUGACGUUUGCUUCAGUGGGACACAUGGUGCUGAUAUCAGCUGAUCGUUAUGCGGCCAUUUGCGACCCUCUGCAUUACAACACCAGGGUGACCGUGGGGAGAGUUCGGUUCUGUGUUUGUCUCUGUUGGUUCUUCUCCUUCCCCUACUGUGGCAUCCUUUUGAAGGAACAGCUGACCCACCCCGCCGUGUACAAGUCAUGCCACGGAGAGUGUGUCAUUGGUUUCGAGUACGUCUCGGGUGUUGUUGACGUCGUUGUGAGCUUUGUCCUCCCUCUCGGCGCCAUCGUCAUUCUGUACAUGCGAGUGUUCACGGUUGCAGUGUCUCAGGCGCGAGCCAUGCGCUCUCAUGUUACAUCCAUCAAACCACGUCGUUCGGUCACCGCAAGGGCCAAGAAAUCCGAGCUGAAGGCCGCCAGGACUCUCGGUGUCGUCAUCCUUGUCUUCAUCUUGUGUUAUUGUCCGUAUUACACUUUUACGCUGGCAGAUGACAACAAAAUAAUAUCGUUAUUGGCUCAUUAUGUUGUUUACUUAUUUGACUUCAACUCCUGUUUAAACCCGUUGAUUUACACCUUGUUUUACCCCUGGUUUAGAAAAGCAGUUCGAUGUGUUGUCACCCUGCGCAUACUGAAGUCCGGCUCCAGGGGAGACAACAUACUUUAG